AUGCCGGGCCGCCGCACCCCGCCCACCCUGGCCCGGAACCAAUCGCCGCCCGCGUUCUCAGCCCGCUCCCCACGGGACGCGAGUGGCCGGGAAUCACCGGGGGCGGGGCCAAAGGGCUGCUUGGGGCGCCUUGCCUUUCGCGCUGCCGGCUCCCUCCGCCCGGCGCCCGUAAAACGCCCAGAAACCUGGAACGGCGAAAAACAGCAGCCCUUCUCCUCCAAAGGGUGUAGUCCGUGGAUUGCAGUACACAAAGUAAGGAAAAUGAGGCAGCCUGUGCGGAUGAAUAAGCAGUUUACCGUGUGUCAUUCUGGCAUUCCUGGGGAUGAAAAUCAGUGUUUGGGGACCUCUGUGGUUAAGAGACUGGCUGUUGCUGUCCGUUUCCCAGUCCUGCUGUUUAGCCAAGUGGGAUUCUUCUUCAUGCCAGUUACGUGGGCGCAGAGGCUGGACUCUUCCUCCAAGGUCAUGAGCAGGAUCCUAGUUUCCCGACGAGGGAUCGAACCUGGGACCCUGGCAGUGAGAGCACCAAGUCCCAACCGCUGGACCGCCAGGGAAUUCCCACAAUCCUCUCACAUUUUAAAUUAUGAUGAGUUACCAGGACUUCCUGGUGGUCCAGUGGUAAAGAAUCCACCUUCCAAUGCCGGGGACGUGGGUUCGAUCCCUGGUCAGGGAACUAAGAUCCCACAUGCCUCGGGGCACCUAAGCCCUUGCGCCACAACUACAGAGCCCACGCACCCUGGAGCCUGCACGCCACAACUAGAAGAGAAGCCCUCACGCCACAACUAGAGAGAAGCCCUCGUGCCGCAACAAAAGAUCCCGCAUGUCUCAACGAAGAUUCUGCAUGCCUCAACGAAGAUCCCGUGUGCCUCAACUAAGACCUGACACAGCCAAAAAUAAAUUAAUAAAUAAAUCUUAAGAAAAAUAAAGAGUUGUCAUUUCUGACAUUUGCUUUAUGUCAGGCCCCAAAUGAGGUGAUUUCCUUAUGUUAUUUCUGGCCCUUAACAACUCUCAAGGUGGACCACAUGGGUCCAUUUAUCUAUGACUGUGAAAUAAACCAACCCAAAGUAAGUGACGUGAAACCACAGCCACUUUAUUAUGCUUGCAGAUUCUCUGGGUCAGAAUUUGGAAAAAGCGGCCUGGGGACGGCUUGUCUUUGUUCUACGAUGUCUGGGGCCUUAGCUGACAUGUUCCAGCACCAAUCCUCCGAUACCAAGUGGUGUCCUAAAAUACAAUUCAGUUCUGACACUAACUACCUGGGGUGAGCACGGACGCCACAAGUUAAGAGCAGAGUGCUUCACAAGAGUGGCCCCACUUCAUCAGACACCAGCCAUAAACCUACCUGCACUUCUGUUGAGCCAGUUACAAAUUCGAUGCUUCCCACAACGCCCACAGGUUUGAUAAUUAAUUAGAAUUAUUCACCGAACUCAGGAAAGUGCUAUAUUGACAAUUACUAUUUUAUUAUAAAGGAUACAAAUGAACAACCAGAUGAAGAGGUACACAGGGCGAGGUCUGGCUGGGUCCUGAGCACAGGAACUUCUGUCCCCAUGGAGUCAGGGUGCACCACCCUCCCAGUAGAUAGAGAUGGUCACCACCCUGGAUGCUUUCCCCAGCCUCGAUGUCCAGAGUUUUUAUCCACGUUUAAUUAUGUAGACUUGAUUGAUGAAGUCGUUGGCCUGUGAUUGCACGCAAUCUCCAGCCCCCCUUCUCUCCCUGGAGGAUGGUGGGUGAGGCUGAAAGUCCUAGCCCUCUAAUCACUUAGUCUUUCUGGUGAGAGCCACUCCAGGGAUUUAUGAAAUCUGAUCCAAGAACUAUGGACAAAGACCAAAUAUAUUUCUUAGUACAUGACAGAGUCAUUGAACCUCUGAGUCUGAGCAACCUAUUUUUUUUUAAUUUAUUUUAUUGAAGUAUAGUUGACUUACAAUGGUGUGUUAAUUUCUGCUGUACAGCAAAGUGAUUCAGGUAUGCAUAUAUAUACACAUUGUUUUUCAUACUUUUUUCUCUUAUGGUUUACCACAGGAUAUUGAAUAUAGUUCUGUGCACUCUACAGUUUAUCCAUUCUAUAUAUAACAGUUUGGGGACUUCCCUGAUAGCGCAGUGGUUAAGAAUCCUCCUGCCAAUGCAGGGGACACGGGUUUGAGCCCUGGUCCAGGAAGAUCCCACAUGCCGCGGAGCAACCAAGCCCAUGCACCACAACUACUGAGUCUGUGCUCUAGAGCCCUCGAGCCACAGCUGCUGAAGCCUGCACACCACAACUACUGAGCCCGCAUGCCACAACUACUGAUGCCUGUGCACCUAGAGCCCAUGCUCCACAAGAAAGAGAAGCCACGGUAAUGAGAAGACCGUGCACCCCAACGAAGGGUAGCCCCCCUCGCUGCAACGAGAGAAAGCUCGCACCCAGCAAUGAAGACCUAACGCAGCUGAAAAUAAAUAAUUAAUUAAAAAAGUAGUUUUCAUCUGCUCACCCCAAACUCCCACUCCACCCCUCCUCCCCCUCCCCUCCCCCUUGGGAACCACAAGUCUGUUCUCUGUGUCUAUAAGUCUGUUUCUGUUCUACAGAUAAGUUCAUUUGUGUAUAUUCUAGAUUCCUCAUGCAAGUGAUAUCGUAUGAUAUUUGUCUUUCUCUGUCUGACUUACUUCACUUAGUACGAUAAUCUCUAGGUCCAUCCAUGUUGCUGCAGAUGGCAUUAUUUCAUUCUUUUAUGGCUGAGUAGUAUUCCAGUGUAGAUAUGUACCGUAUCUUCUUUAACCAUUCAUCUGUCGAUGGGCAUUUAGGUUGUUUUCAUGUCUUGGUUAUUGUGAACAGUGCCGCUAUGAACAUAGGGGUGCAUAUCUUUUUUUGAAUUAUAGGUUUGUUCUGAUAUAUGCCCAAGAGUGGGCUGGAUCAUAGCGUAUGAGUUACCUUCUAUUUGAAUGAAGUGUUGUGGCAGAGGAAUUUUCCAAAGAUAACCUCAGCAAUGUCUCCCAUUCCACAUGCUCUUCUUUUUUUUUUUUUUUUUUGCGGUACGCGGGCCUCUCACUGUUGUGGCCUCUCCCAUUGUGGAACACAGGCUCCGGACGCACAGGCUCAGUAACCAUGGCUCACGGGCCUAGCCGCUCCGCGGCAUGUGGGAUCUUCCCGGACCAGGGCAUGAACCCACGUCCCCUGCACCGGCAGGCGGACUCUCAACCACUACGCCACCAGGGAAGCCCCUACAUGCUCUUCUUACAAUGAGACUUUAACCCUCUUACCAUCAAGAGGUGAACUUGAAUCUCAGCAAGGGCAGAAGAGACACUAUGAGACUUCCAUGUCUAUAAAAGGCAAUACAGUUUCCUCCGGGCUCCCUCUCUUGGGAUAUUUGCCCUUGGGACUUGCCAUGCUGUAAGGAAGCCCAAACACAUGAAGAGGCCUCAUGGAGGUAUCCCACUGACAGCCCCAGCUGAGGUCCCCCAGACAGUAUCAACACUAGGCAUGAGAGUGAUGAGUCUUCAGAUGAUUCUGGCCCCAGCCAUUGAGACUUCCCAGCUGUGGUAUAAUAAUAAAUAUUGUAUAUGGUCUUUAUCCCCAUUCUUGGCACAGAACUUCAAAAACCCUUGGAAUUUCCUAAGUGAUAUGAGUUUCUUUUUUAUUCGAAUGACUGACCCAUUGUGGCCUCUAGCUAGCUUCGAGAAGGCAGUCACCAGAAAGACCAAUCAUGUAAAGUUUUUAGCCACCCAUUCUCCAGGGAGAGAAGAGCUCUGUUAAAAACUCUUGAGGGACUUCCCUGGCGGUCCAGUGGUUAAGUCUCUGCGCUUCCACUGCAGGGGGCUUGGGUUCGAUAUUUAGCUAGGGAACUAAAGAUCCCACAUGCUGCGCGGCACGGCCAAAGGAAAAUAAAAUAAAAACUCUUGAACCACAAGAUCUGGAGAACUUCCAGAUUGCAUCCCCAUGUCAGGAGGGUAACACGCUCCAGCUCCACAGGUCCUGCACGUGGACCCUUCCUGACUUAGUACCUCUUCAUCUGGCUGUUCAUUUGCAUCCUUUACAAUAAACCAGCAAACAUAAGUUAAGUGUUUUCCUGAGUUCUGUGAGUCAAUCUAGCAAAUUACCAAAUCUGGAGAGGGGGGCCAUGAGAACCCGAAGUCUGUAGUUGGCCAGGCAGAAGUGUGGGUAGCCUGGACUCCCCAUUUACGGCUGGGUCUGAAGUGAGGGCAGUCUGAGCCCUUUAGCUUGCAGGUAAAUGGUAUCAGCCCUUUAACUCCAGGCAGACAGUAUCAGCAUUAAAUUGAAUUGUUGGUUGCACAGUUGAUGCCAGUGAGCUGGUUGUUGAUGUGGGAAAAACUUCACGCAGAUUCCCCUGGGCCAUAAGUUUCUAAGUGCUGGCUCUGAGAUCUAAAUCCAAUCUACCUGGGUUCAAGGCACUCUAUCUACAUUAUUGCACUGUGAUACCAAAACCCCUAAAGUAAAAUCCCUUUGCAUAUCAACUUCUCUCCUCUAGUGGCCAGCUAACCAUCAUCGGACCUGCCAUGAUCCCCCUGAGGCUCCUUGAUCCUCUUUUAUCAUCCUUUAAACCAUUUAUUCUCAAAUUUUAUUUCUGCCAAGAAACUGAGGACAGAUGUGUUCCCAUGAACAGUGCGCUCCCUUUGGGGUCCCAGUUCACAGGCUGUGGCACAGAUGAGGGAGCUCCAGGGAUGUUCUAUGGCACUAAUAUUAAUCCCACACUUUUUUCUUCACUCUAAAGCACACUGAGAGCACAAGUGGGGAGAGGGGACGCAUUAUUGGGAUAACAUUGCAAUCCACCAUAAAACGUAUAAAAAAUGAAUCCUUUGCCACAUUUGGUACUUAAAUAUUUUUCCUAAUAAUCACCAACCAGCCAGCUUUGCCACUGGCGGAGGCACCAUGGUUCGGGUCCACAGCUUCAGACACUUGGAUGUGGUAGACCUGCCAUGUCAACAGGUAAAUUUUCUUUCUACAAAUCCAACUUGCAACCAUCCCUAUACUGGUUGUUUUAUUGUUCACUCACUUUACAUAUUUUCCUUAAAACCUGAAGGUCUUUUAUCAGAUGCAAUGUGGCUCUAACCUCCUUCUGUUCAACAGUUUUUAUUCAGUAUUUAUUUAUUUACUUUUUUGGCCGCACUGUGCGGCUUGCGGGAUCUUAGUUCCCCAACCAGGGAUUGAACCCGGGGCCACGGCAGUGACAACGCCAAGUCCUAACCACUGGACCGCCAGGGAACUCCCUAUAUUCACUAAUUUUCAGCCCGGCAUUCCUGUCCCCUCCCAGGUAGGUCAUUCCUUUGUCUUCUUCCACUAUCUCUACAUCCUCUUUUAUUGAUUCUUCCCUGCUUGUUCACAUCUUCCAAGGCUAAAAGCCUCUUCAACAGGCUCCUAAUGAAGAAGAAGUUCACAAGAUGUGCUGUCUCAGGUGCAGUGACUCAACUCAGGAGUCCGGUCAUCUUAGUCUUCUAGGGCUGCCAUAACAAAAUACAUAGAUGGGGUGGCUUAAACAACAGAAACUUAUUUUCUCACAGUUCUGGAGGCUGGAAUCCUGUUUUGAUUCUUGGUGAGGGCCUUCUUCCUGGCUUGCAGACAGCUGCCUUCUUGCUGCAUGCUCACAUGGGGGAGAGAGAGAACAAACUCUCCUGUAUCUCUUAUAAGGACGCUAAUCCCAUCAUGGGGCCCCACCCUCUCAUGACCUCAUCUAAAUCUAAUCAGUUCCCAAAGGCCCCACCUCCAGAUGCCACCACAUCGGGAGUUAGGGCUUCAAAUACAAAUUUUGGGAAGACACAGUGUUGUCCAUAGUACUGAUGGAUGCAUGGUAGAAGCUGACAAAGCUUUUAAGCUUGAGCAACAUCUCCCCCAGGGCUAGCUGGCAGUGCAAAUGGGGAAACACAGUCAAUUGUUCCAAAGAGCUUUCUAUUCAGAUUUCCCAGUUUCCCAUUUCUCUCAUGCAUGCUACGUAGAACAGAAGGGCUUGGAAGAUAGGCUACCUAGGGUUUGAAUCAUAGUUUCUCUACUUACUAGCUGUGUGACCUUAGGCAUGUAGCUUAACCUCUCUGUGCCAAUAAUGAUACCUACCUUAUAGCAUAUUUGGGGUGGGGGGGCAUUAUAUGACAUAUGAAGGUAAUGUGCUCAGCACUUAUUGAGCCUUUUAAAAAAUGUUAGCUAUUAUUCUUCCCAUCUAAUAGUAGAAGUAAGCUUGUUGAAAAAGUAUAAAAAGUAGUCUCUUGUUGAAAGAGUAUAAAAUGUAGAAAAGGAAAGAGAAAGGGAAAGAUAAGAGUGGGAGGGAAAAACUGGUGUGGAGAGGCAGUCUCUGGCAGGAUUUACCCACUGCCCUGAAGCAGUGCUAUCCAAUAGAAAUGUAAUGCAACCCACACAUGUGAGCAUGAAUCAAAACACACAUGUAUAAUAAUUUUAAUUUUUCUAGUAGACACAUUAAAAAACUAAAAAGAGGGAAUUCCCUGGUCGUCCAGUGGUUAGGACUCGGUGCUUUCACUACCAGGGCCCGGGUGCAAUCCCUGGUCAGGGAACUAAGAUCCCACAAGCUGCACAGCAUGACCAAACAAACAAACAAAAACACAAACAACAAUAACAAAAAAAUGUAAAUAGAGACUGAUGAAAUUAAUUUUAAUAUCUUUUUUUAAACCCAAUUUAUUUAACUCAAUAUAUAAUAAUAUAUUUUAUGCAAUGCAGUAUUUAACACAAUAUAUUGACUACUGUAUGAAAUCAAUCUAAAAAUAUUAAUGUGAUAUUUUACAUUC